AUGUUGGCAUCGGCCUCGACGGCGUGGUUUCGCGCCUCCGGCCUUGGAGCGGGGGACAGUAUUGGGGGUGACGCAUCAGGAUGCCAUCCCUCUGGGCCUCUGGGCACACAUCUUGAGGCUCACAUCCGCGACUGGAAGGAUUUCAUGAACGGCGAUACCAGACCCGGGGUUGGAGGACGUUCGAGCUGCCCUCAUCAGUUUGUCUCGGCGGCCAGCUUCUCAGAAGACAACGCGGCGCCGUGGGUCGACACAGCGGAGUUCGCGGAGGUGGUCCGCGCCGUCAACUCGUCGGAGUUGUGCAGGGCGACGAGGGGCUCGAGCAGCGCCACAGCCAAGGAGUGCAGCGAGGCCGCGGAGGUCCUGCUGAAGGCGCGGACGAGCUGUCUGCUCAGCGAGCUCUGCUCUCGCUGUCCUCCUGAGCGGGGCCAGGGUCAGUCAGCCGGGCGGCGGGAGGCGGGUGGCUGGCUGGGAAUGCACUCUCGCAGUCCGCAUGUGCCCUUUUGCUCGCCUUUUCAGAGUGCUUGA